AUGAGCCCAUCUGCAAUUCUACAGCCGGAAGGAACAGUCACUGCGAAAGAUAUUUCGGGCGAAUACCUGGCGAAGCCAAGCGGAGCCUGUUGUCUCAAAGGUACAAUUCACAGAGGGGAUCCACGCGGGACGUGGGAGACCAUCGCAGACGUCGAGACCUAUAUCUCUGUCCCACCAAAGUCAAAAGCCAAUGGUAAUGUUCUUCUGUACUUUCCAGAUGUCUGGGGGAUGUUUCCGAAUGGACUGCUGGUGAUGGAUGCCUUCGCGGAUGCGGGUUAUAUUGUGUUGGGCUUGGACUAUUUCCGUGGGGAUCCAGUCUGGAAACACCGUAAAAACCGGAAUGACCACAGCGAUCCGAACUUUGAUUACGAGGCCUGGAAGAGGAAGCACAUGGCUUUCGCAGAUGUUGCUGUCCCCAACUGGGUCUCGGCGGUGGCUUCGCGGUAUCGCAAAGACAAUCCGAAGACAGGUUUUGCCUGUGUGGGUUACUGUUUUGGUGCUCCUUACGUAUGCGAUGAGUUGGCAAAAGACACAGUGGCUGCGGGCGCCUUUGCGCAUCCAGCUUUCCUGAAAGAGCACCAUUUCCGGCAGCUUGAGAAGCCUCUGUUCUUGUCUUGUGCGGAGAAGGAUCAUACUUUCGAUGUCCCGUCCAGAAGACGAGCGAUUGACAUCCUUCAAGAAGAGAAGAAGAUUUAUCAUUACCAAGAGUUUGCAGGUGUUGAACAUGGGUUCGCUUUGCGCGGAAACCCAGACGAUCCGUACCACCGUAAGUCAUCCUUCGGAUGUAUUAGACGCUCAGUACAGCGAAAUAUCGAAGCUUCGGUGAGGGAGUAUUUAUUAACUCAGUCUACUUUGAAUCGCCUCAUCAGCAAUCAACUCCAAGAAAAUACUUUCAAUUCGACCAUGGCACCACCAAGAGCAUUGGAUUUUACUGGCGAUGUUGCAAUAGUCACAGGUGCCGGGUCACGAAUGGACGGCGAAAUUGGCAACGGUCGGGCGGCUGCGAUCUUGUUGGCACGUCACGGGGCCAAGGUGGCUUUGCUCGACUUCAAUAUUGAGUGGGCGAAAGAAACGAAAAGGAUGAUUGACGAAGAAGGUGGCGUUUCAGAGGUCAUUCAGACAGAUGUGACUCAGGAGGAGUCGUGCAAAGCCGCCGUCUGGAAGACUGUCGAGCUUUUCGGUGCAGUGCACAUCUUGGUCAACAUUGUUGGUGUUGGUGGCGCGAUGGGAGACGCAACAGUCGUGAACCUAGACGCAUGGGAACGCGACUUUCGCAUCAACGUUACUAGCAUGAUGCUAAUGAGCCGCUUCGCCAUACCUGAGAUGCGCAAGCAAGGACGUGGCUCGAUAGUCAACAUGUCAUCGGUUAGCGGCUUGCUGGGUGGCAAUCCAAGUCUGCUGUACCCGACCACAAAGGGAGCGAUUAUACAAAUGACGCGAGCAAUGGCUGCACAGCAUGGACAAGAGAACAUCCGUGUAAACUGUGUUUGUCCCGGCAUGGUAUAUACGCCCAUGACUCGCGGACGCGGGAUGACAGACGAGAUGAGACAGGCUCGUAUCAAUCAGAACCUGAUGAAAAAAGAGGGCACGGGAUGGGAUGUAGGUCAUGCAAUUCUGUUCCUGUCAAGCAAAGAGGCUGGCUGGAUAACUGGCCUCAUAAUGCCCGUCGAUGGUGGUGUAAGUCUUGAACAUUCAGAGACUACGACUCGAGAGAUCAGCUGA